AUGGUCCAAGUCGCAAUUAUAGGUGGCGGUCUAGGCGGACUAGUCCUCGCCCUCAACCUCCACAAACGAAACAUAUCAACAGCAAUUUACGAAUCCAGAUCCGAAACCGAUAUUCACGGCGGCAGCAUCGCUCUCGCCCCCAAUGCACUCCGGGUCCUAGACCGCGUCGGCGCAUACGAAGCCCUUCGCGUGCGUGGCUUUAUCUACGAACAGAUUCAUUUCGUGAACGGUAAGGGAGCAGAAAUUGGAUUUGUGUUUCAUGGGAAUAGGGGACUGUAUAAUUUCCCUGCUCUGCGGAUUAAGCGCUCGGUUUUGAGGGAGGAGCUUGUCCGUCUUGUGAAGAGGGAGGGUAUUCCAAUCUUUUGGGAUAAAAAAUGCGUGCAUGUUGUUUCGGAGACUGCUGCAACAGAUCCUGAGUCCAGCGGUUCUGCCACGGUGGAAUUCAGUGAUGGUGAGAGGGUGUCGGCCGGGUUUGUGGUCGGUGCUGAUGGGAUUCAUUCCCGCGUUCGGCCGUUCAUUGCGCCGGAUGUCGGGGAUCCCACAUUCGAUGGUCUUAUGGGUAUUACCGGCACGAUCCACGCCGACGAGCUGGGAGAUUUACUAGAAAAAGCUGGACUGCACAUCCCGUGCAUGCUAUUCGGCGCAAAGGGGUCAAUAGGGAUCCUGCCCUCUUCUUUCGACGGCAAGGAGAUUGAAUGGUUUGCGAAUCUGGAAGCUGAAGAUCGCAGUCGAGAAGAAUGGACUCGGUUCGGUAGCGAUGGGCAGGGGAUGAAGGACUUGAUUCUGCAAAGGUUCCUAUAUGACGACAAGAUUGAUCAGUGGCCGGAGAUGGUUAGACAGUUGAUGCUCAAGACGCGUCCAGAGGCGUUUACGAACUGGCCAUUUUAUACGUUACCUCAUGUUGAGCACUGGUCCUCACCUCACAAACGUGUCCUUCUCAUUGGAGAUGCGGCCCAUGCUAUCCCUCCCACUGGCGGCCAAGGUGCAGCCAUGGCAUUCGAAGACGCCGACACCCUAUCAUACGUCCUCACUCGCGCCUACAGCCCCGAUUUCAAUCAAGCAACGAAUCUCUCAGAUCUGGUCACGAAAUGGGAACACCACCGCCAAGAACGAAUUGUCGAAAUUACAACCUUCACAUCGCAGAAUGGCAGAAUGCGGAGAUCAAGCACAUAUGUCUAUGAGCAAGUGGCUAAGGAAUGGAUUAUUUGGGCUGCUUUGAAGAUUAAGGGGCCGCAAGGAGGAGCUGCGUGGAUAUUUUCGUAUACUCCUGAAGAUAUACUUGCGGCUAUAUCGUUGUGA